UCAGUCUAUAGGUUUCAGUUUGCUCUCACGCUUAAGUCAUCAUUGUACUUAUUGUGAUUUAAAAUACAAGUUGGCAUAGUUGUGCGUAUUAGAUACAAAUUUUAAUUGUUUAUUCAUCUAAUUUUAUUUGUGCCUACUCAAGUUUUACACAGAGUAUCUAAUCAUGCGUUUUGCUGUUGUAACAAUAUUCGUUAUUCUUAUAGUAGCUGCUAUGGCUUUUGCCAAGCCAGCCAAGAGCCCUCCACCAAAUACUUGCACUCGGGCCUGUGAGACGAAAUAUGAACCAAUUUGUGGAAAAGCUAAGAACGGAAGUAAGGAACGUUUGUUAACUUUUGGUAAUCAAUGUGUCUUGACCAACUACAAUUGUGAACAUUCCGAUGAUCCUUAUGAGAAGAAAUCAAGUGGAGAAUGCGGAAACAAAGUAAGCGUACGCCUCCAGUGAAAUGUUUUAUAUGCAACAUUAAUAAAUGUAUUCGAAUUUGAAUAAAUAAAAAUAAUGCAAUAA